AAUAACGAACCUCACUAUAUUUUCAGUACAUUUGGGAUAUUGGCUAUAACAGAAAAAGAACAAGAGCAUUUAAGUCUUACAGACUGGUUUAAAGAAGCAGUUUUAUAUGAAUCAUUAGUUCAGAAUUCAUCAUUUCGUUAUCUUGCAGCAUGGAAAUCAUUUGUUGU